AUGGCGCCCGCGUUGUUCAAGAGCAAGAAGCGCAGCCGCGACGCCGACGCUGACACCACGGCGAAGGAUGAGGCCUCGGAUGCUUCGUCUUCGUCUUCAUCGGCCGAGAGCAGCAGCGAAAGUGGCUCCGACAGCGAGGACGACGAGGAGGAGCAGCCGCAGGACGAGGAGCUCAAGGAGGAGAUCGACCGCAAGACGGAGGCCACGGUCUACGUGGAGGGCAUCCCAUACCGAGCCAAUGAGGGCGACUUGGUGACGCACUUCUCGUCCUGUGGCACGGUGCGCGAAGUGCGCAUGCCGCGGUAUCAGGACUCGGGCAAGCCUCGUGGCUACGCGCACGUGGUGUUUGAUGACGAGGCGGCACUGAAGAAGGCGCUAAAGCUGGACGGACAGUACUUGUUCAACAGAUACCUGUCCAUUCGUAGAGCCGAAGCCCCGCGUGCCGUGGAGAUGGCGCUGAAGGAGAAGAACCAAAACACCACCAAGAAGGCGGUGAAGGGAUGCCGCACGGUGUUCAUCAAGCAGCUGCCCUACGAGGUGGAGGAAGGCACGAUCCGCGAGGCGCUGGCUUCGUGCGGAACGAUCACCAGCGUCCGACUGCCGAUCUGGAACCACACUAAGAAGUUGAAGGGCUUUGGCUACGUCGAGUUCUCGAGCGAGGACGAGGCGCUGGCCGCUGCUCGUCGUAGCGGCAUGAAGAUCGGAGACCGCAUGGUGCUCAUCAGUCUGGACGCGGCAGGCAGCGCUCCGAAGGCUAGUUUCCGCCAGCGCGACGGUCAGUACUGGAGCAAGGGCGAGGAGGCCAAGAAGUCGCUGGCCAAGAAGAUCAGCGAGAAGCAGCAGCGCCAGACCGCCAACAAGAAGCGGAAGACGACCAAGUAG